UUUUAUGGACAAUUCAUGAAAUGUCCUCAUCUUUAACAAAAAUGGGCUUUAUUUGGGCUGAUUCUUUUAGUCCAAAGUUCAGUCCUCCUCGUUUCGGGUCACUCAAAUCUCUCCGAUUCCGAUCAACUUCUCUAGAAGAUCGAAAUCGAGAAUCAAUGGAUUCACAAGAACAAGUUUCAUCUUCGUCUUCCUCAACUUCACCAUCAUCAGAUUGGAAGGAACGGUUUCUUCUUCCGACUUUCUUAGCUGGGUUGGCUGGUGGAGGAACUGGUUUGGUGUCAAAGCAUCGAAAAGUUCAUGGCUUAGCAAACAUUUGUGCAACUUAUGCAACUAAUUUUGCUAUUGUUACUACUUUUUAUUGCGGUGCUCGUGAGUUUGUAAGAGUAAGUAGAACAGGAAAGCCUGAUGAUCUGCUGAACUCAGCAAUUGGAGGUUUUGGUAGUGGUGCUAUACUUGGACGUCUGCAAGGUGGUCAACUUGGCGCUGCGCGUUAUUCUGUCAUGUUUGCAGUUGUGGGAACAACAGUUGAUUAUGCUACUAUAAAAGUAAAACCAGCCUUGAGAAGCUACUACGACUCUCUGGUCAAUAAGAAAGAUGAUUGGCUAAAACUUCCCGAGUGGUCGCCUAUCCAAGUGCUUGACGAGGAGGCUCUUGCUGCAAAGCGUGCUCGGGAAGAGGAGCUAUACAGAAGUGUCCACAAUCUGAAGAAAGAAUCAUGAUGGAGAAGCAAAACAGCAUAUUACUUCCAUUUCGAUAUCCUUUGAGAUGAGAUCUUUCCUCUGAGACAUUUUAGUGCAGUUUCCUGGAUGUUACUGGGACAGAUAGUAGAAACAGAAAAUCGCAAAGCAUUUAAUGGGUGUUCAACGUUUUUCCGAGCUUUCAAUGCAAGUCGAGUCACACUGAAGGAAAGUGCAAAUCUAGAAUAAAUAUUUGCUUAUGUUAUGGCAAUAUAAUGUUACAUAAGUGGCAAUUACGUACUUUUUGUUAAGUUCUGGCUUUUUUUCUUUUAUACAAUGUAACAGCUUUUUAGUACAAUGCACAAUGAUAUUGACAAUCUUAUUUAUAGGGAACUCCCAUUGGGUGUGGGAGGCUAUAUUGAUGGAAACUAAUCAAACA